AUGAAGGGACUGACCUAUGUUUAUUACAAAAUCAUCGUGGUGAUCAUCCGAUUCCUCUCGGAUGUAAUAGGCUUCGUUGUUCGCCGACCAUCUCCCACCCCCGAUGAAGUCCUCCAUAUUCCCUCCCGCGACGCGGGGAGAACCAUCAAGGCCCAUCUGUAUCAUUCAUCAUCAUCCGCGUCAGGCCCCAAACCCGUUCUCCUGAACUUCCAUGGCAGCGGAUUUAUGCUCCCCCAACACGGCACCGACGACGAAUUCUGUCGACGAGUAAGCCGCGCCACCAAAUACACCGUGGUGGACUGCUCGUAUCGCCUGGCCCCAGAAAAUCCAUUCCCAGCAGCCCUCAACGACGUCGAAGAUGCGGUGAAAUACAUCCUCAGUCGACCAGAAGAGUACGAUGCCACGCAGUUCUCAAUUGGUGGUUUCAGCGCCGGGGGCAAUCUCUCUCUGGCAGCCUCGGCUUGUCUCUUCCCGCCGGACACUUUCCGCUCAUUAAUCGCCUUCUACCCAGCGCUGGAUCUGAGCAGCCCUGCCAAUUCUAAGAUUGCCCCCAACCCGAAUGGAAUGCCCAUUCCGGCCCCAUUGGCACGCCUGUUUAAUACCUGCUAUGUGCAUUCGGGCUUUGACAGACGCGAUCCGCGCAUCUCACCCCGGUUUGCGGAGCUGGAGCGGUUCCCAAGGCGUAUGCUGGUGAUUACGGCGGACUGCGAUACACUGGCCCUCGAGGCGGAGGAACUUGCGACCAAACUUCAACAGAGACAGGGAUGGCAUGUGGUCUGCGAGCGCAUGGAGUCGUGCAACCACGGGUGGGACAAGCACACGCGGGCUGGAUCCCCGCAACUUCAGGCUAAGGAGCGGGCUUACGGAUUGGCUAUUGAUCUGUUGAAUGAGUAG